UUCUCAAUCCUUCCUCCCGAAAACCCUCAUAGGCCACCGACUCUCUACCCCUUGAAAACCCGAUGAAAUCUUGAUGAAAUUUCUCUUCUUUUCUUGUUAAAUCACAAGAUUUGGGGGCUUAGAAUCUUCCCUCUUAACCCAGAAAAUCCCGAAUCUGCUCUGCUCUUCUCCCCUGUCCGUCUGCUGCCAUGUGGGUGUGAGGUUUUUGGGCUUUUUCUGUUUCUGGUAGAGCCGUGAGCUUCUUCCCCCAAAAUCCCGUCAGCUCCCAUGCUCGCCUGGUGUGGGUUCUGUUGGUUGGAAAAAAAAAAGAGAGGAAUUCUGGUUCUUGAUCGUUCUGUCAAUUUAGCUCUGAGAUCGAGCCUUUGGUUUUAAGCGAGUGAGGUAAGUAAAUUUAUGGUAAUGCCCGCACUGUUUUUAAGAGAUGUUUUGACUUGUUUUUGAAGUGGUGGCGGGACUAAACCCGUUUUAUGCAAAAGUAAGUAUGACUGAUUUGAAGUGAAGUUUUAUGCUUUUCAUUAAAUUGAGCAUGCCUACUUGAAAUUUAAUUGAUUACCUUGAUGAUUUGAAAGUGAUUAGUAAAGCAUGAUUUUCUGUUAACUUCUGCCUGUUUUGUCUCCGAUACGGUCAUGUUAUCCUGUUGCCCGCUAGUGGGAGGUCAAACGCUAGCACAUGUCGACAUGUUCCUGAUAGAACCGGUUCAUUCCUGUAAUCCUACUAGUGGGAGUUAAACACUAGUAAUUCCUGUUGCCUGCCAGUGGGAGGUUUAAACACUGGCCAUGACCUAUAGAGGAGACGUCUAUUUCGUGCCCGUACUAUAUCUGUUUUCGUGAUUACACUUGUUGGCAUGCUAUGAGUUAAUUAACGGUUUGACAUGAGACGUUUUGUUAUUGAACUGAAUCUGAUUUUACCUUGAUGGUUUGUCAUUGAAUGCUUUUCAAGUGAACUGAAUCUGAUUUUGUCAUUGAGUGAUUUGUUAUGUUAAAUUGGUUUAUCUGGCAUGCUUAAAAGUUUUACCCAAGGGCUAUCCAUAUUUACUUACUGAGUUUAUCUCAUAGUUUUUCCUUGUUCACCAUUUCAGGAAGCGAAACUGAGGACGGGGAAAUCGAGGGGAGUGACGAGUUAGAAGGCUAGUCAUUUUGUAAAGUGAAUAUAGAUUCGAGAUGUAGAUCAUGAUCUUGUAAAUUAAAGUUUAAUCGGAGAUUUUAUAAAUUCAUUUAGUGGAUUGUUAGUUUAUAAGAGAUUUGAUUUGGAGAUUUUGAGAUUAAGUUAUGUUGGACAUAGAAUUAUUUGAGACGAUUGAUUUGAGUUAUUGGAUUGUCAGAGGUGAUUUGAAUAAGUUCCGAGCCUUCUG